AUGUCUAUGAAAGCGGUCAGAUUCCACGGUGAGCGCGAUUUGCGCUAUGAGGAUAUACCAGAACCCCAAGUUGGCAAAGGCCAAGUAAAGCUCAAACCCGCCUGGUGCGGCAUCUGCGGCACGGAUCUCCACGAAUAUCUGGGCGGUCCCAAUCUCUGCCCAACAACACCCCACCCGAUAACCGGCGACUCCGUACCUCUGACCUUCGGGCACGAGUUCAGUGGUACGGUCGAAGAAGUCGGCGAAGGCGUAUCAGACUAUAAGCCUGGCGACCGCGUCUGCGUGCAGCCGAUCAUCUACGAUGGCACCUGCGGCGCGUGCCAGGAGGGGCUGAUCAACUGCUGUUACAGCAAUGGCUUCAUCGGCUUGAGCGCAGGAUGGGGUGGUGGUCUCGCUGAGCACAUCGUUGUGCCGGAGACCGCGCUCUACCACCUCCCCGACAACGUCUCCUUGGAGAUAGGCGCCCUCAUUGAGCCCCUAGCCGUCGGCUGGCACGCGGUGAACGUCUCGCCCUUCAAGCCCGGCGACGCAGUUCUCAUCCUCGGCGGCGGCCCCAUCGGCCUCUCCGUCAUCCAGGCUCUUGUCUCGCGCGGCGCGGACAAGAUCAUUGUCUCCGAAGUCUCUCGCCAGCGACAGGAGUUCGCCAAGCAGUUCGGCGCGCACCAUGUGCUCAACCCGCUCAAAGACGACAUCGUCGCGGAGUGCAGGCGGCUAUGCGAGAAUCAGGGCGUCCACGUCGUUUACGAUGCCGCGGGAGUGCAGGCGGGUUUGGAUCAGGCGGUCCAUGCCGUCAGGGCGAGAGGCACGAUCGUGAAUAUCGCGGUCUGGGAGAAGCCGUGCAGCAUCCACCCGAAUGACCUGGUGUUCAAGGAGCGCAGGUAUAUGGGGAUCGCGACGUACGUGAAGGGAGAUUUCCAGGACGUGCUGGAUGCGAUCAGCGAGGGGAGGAUGAAGCCGGAGGCGAUGAUUACGAAGAAGAUUAAACUGGAUGAGGUGGUGGAGGAGGGGUUUAAGACGCUCAUCAAGGACAAGGACAAUCAAGUCAAGAUACUUGUGGAGAUUGCUGGAGGUUCGUGA